CUUGUUUCUAGAUAAAUAUCUUGUGGUUUAAUAUUUUGAUUUCUGCGUUCUAUGGCGGUGAAUAUUAUCUUAUAAGGUUUUAAGAGAGUUUCUGAGGUUGAGGAAUCAAAAUGGAUGGUGAGGAGAUGGCAGAGGAUGACAAGGGUGUGGCCAUCUACAUCGUGCAACAAGAGGGUACAGAUGUAGAGGGCAUGACAUACACAGUGGUGGAAAAUGAAGGGGCUGAGGGUCAGCCCAUGUCCCUAGACGCCAUUAUGGGAGGGGGUUCUGUCACCAUGGUUACAGAGAAUGGAGAGGAGCAGGCCCUGCCCCCUAGCCAGUACCAUGUCCUUCAGCAGCUUGAAGUGAUCAAAACAGAAUACCAGCCAGCAGUUGUUGAAGGCAGCAGUAAUGAUCAUAUAGUGAUUGAGCCACAACCUGUAUCAGAAGGAGAUAACUAUUCUGUUCUGCCCACUGCUGAGGACACGAGCACAGGCCCUGACCAAAGCCUCUCGUACUAUUGUCAGUUUUGUGGAUCCAUCCUAGUAUCAUUGAACGAGCUGAAGUCUCACAUGGCGGAGCGACAUAAUGCAAGUAUAGAGGUAGAAGAAAUGGAUGGUAUAGUGUAUGACGAAGCCAAUCAGAGUGAGGUCGAUAACAAGAACAGAACUGAGGAUGAAGGGAUGACAAUUGAGUUAUGCUGCUCCAUGUGUAAUUUGGUGUUUGAUGAUAAAGACAAACUUGAAGCUCAUAUGUAUGAUAAACAUUCUAUGGAAAAUCUGGACAGUGAUUCAUUCUUGAAAUGCCCGUUUUGUCCAAGAAUGUUUGCAGCGAAGUGGCAAAAUUCAUUGUAUGAGCAUUUGAAAGAAAAACAUGACAGUCAUACUGGCCCGAUAGAAGUUGAAGUAGUUAAAAUGAAGGCAGCCAAAAAAAGGUCUAAAGAUGCAUACAGGCCUUCUCCAAUGUACAGUGAGAAGGAAGCUGAAGCGACUUGUCACUUGUGUAAUCUUACAUUUAAGCACAAGAAAAACCUGCCAAUACACUUGACUAAAUAUCAUCAGAUGAGUGAAAAAGAAAUUGAAGAAAUUCUUGGGCACGACUUCCAUAUCCCAACAAUGUUUUCUUGUCCGGUGUGCAGCAAGCAAUUCCUCUGGCCAGCCACUCUGAAGCGGCACAUGUUGGAGCAUGAUCCAGAGGGGAAAUCCCCAAAUACCCGGAGAAACGUAUUCUUUCGUUGCCUUUACUGCCCACUGACAACCCGGUACGCCUGCAGUGUCAGAAAGCACAUCUCAAGAAUACAUCCCGAGAAGGUUAAAGACAUUGAUAUUAAUAAACUUUCGAUCCCCAAAUUCACUGGAGAUGUACCAGAUGAUGUUAAGGAGAAUGUUAUAACUCUUGAUAAGCGUCCUGCUGAAGAAAAGUACAAGGACUUUGCGGUCGUGUAUAUAUGUCCUUUCUGUGAUUAUGUAACACAGUUACCCUCAAAUUUGAGCAGACAUCUAACAUCAAAAGCUCACAAUAAGAUAUUCACAUCAGAGGAACUGAAAGCCAUCAAAGUAUCGUCUUUUAAGGUGAAGAAAGGAAGUAAUACAUCAGAAUUGCCUAAACUCCAACUUGAUCGGAAAGUUCGGGAUAUUGUAAAUGUGAAAAGAAAGCAAAUGGAGUUACCACCACUAUCAUGUGACGAGACUGAUUUAGACAUAUUUGAUGACGAUGAAAGAGAAAAUGAAGAAGAACAAGAAGAUCCCAGCUAUGAUCCAAGAAGAGAUAGUAAAGGAAUGACAGCCCCAUUAAAGGUUUAUGGUGUAAGUUCCAAUAAAAGUAAAGAAAUUGUUUCUCCAGUCUCCAGUUUGACUGGCAAGGGCUCUGUUUGUGUUUUAGGAAAAGACGGUACUGUGAAAAAGCUUUUUCCGAAGUCAGUAGCUGAAAUUAGUGUCAAACAAGAAGCUGAAACUGAAGAAAUGAUUACAGGAACAACCACAGAAGAUACUUUGGAUGAUACAGAGACUAUUCCAGAACAAGUUGAAGAUAUUGGUGAAGUUGGCAGGGAAAAAGGAGAGAAACAAACUCAAACAGAUAAUAUGGAUGCUGUAAAAGCAGCUCCUGAUAGUGAAAGAAUAAAGUGCCUGAAAUGUCCGUUACGGUUUGCUGAUAUCCAGUCAUUAUUGAAGCAUAUUGUGCUUCAUAAAAACGUAGUUUUGGACUUCAGUUGUCAGAUAUGUAAGGAAAAGUUUCCUUUCUACAGCGAACUCCUGGAGCAUGAUGAGAAAGUGCACAAAGGGAAAAUGGGUACAACAAAUGUUAUGAAAGCUGUUGCGAUGUCUUCAAUAAACACUUCAAGAAAACCAAUGACUACGUAUGAUUGUCCAUAUUGUGAAAUGCUUUUUGGACAGCCUGGCUCCCUUGACAAGCAUGCAAGACUUGACCACAAAGAGCAUUUAAAGCGGUCUGGUGAUGGUGCAGGGAAAAGAGAUUCUGUAUGCGGCUUUAACUGUUACUUUUGCGAGCUGUCUUUCUUCAGCAUUCUUCAACUGGUGGAGCAUAUGCAAGCUGUGCACCCCAAUGCUGAAAGGCCAGGCCAGGUGGAGUUUUCAGACCUGUCCGCGAGAAAGUCGAGUCGGAAGAGGAAACUGCCAAAGUGGCUGGAGAAAGAUAUGGAAUUUGGUGAAGAAGUAAAGAAGAAGAAAUCUGAGUUGCCAGUCAGAGUGGGGUCAAUACAGGUGUUGAAUGCAAAACCUGGGGAACAGAAAGAAAAAGUAGCAGAAAAAGCUGAUGAUGCUGCUGAAACCCUUGCUAGUAAGAAGAAUGUACCAGUGGCACAUAGUUCAGAAUCAGUACCUACUAGCAAAGCGAAAGAUGAUGAUAAGGAGGUGACUGUAGAUGUUUCAGAUGGAAGAGUUGUAAAACACUCGACAAAAAAGAGAAUUCAAAGUGAAAAAGCCACACAAAGUUCAGCAAAUGUGUUAACCAAGCACCCUAUAGACAGAAAAAGUGAUGAAAAUAAAUCACAGACAGAUGCUAAACAAAAAACAGUUCUGAAACAGAAACAAAACAAAAAAAUGGCAAUGCUCCACACAAAAGAAAAAGCUUCAACGCCCAAAAAGCUUCAAGAUGAAUCUCUGAAGGAGGUUAAGUCUUCGGUGAAAAGAAAAAGACAAACUCAAAGCGUAAAUCUCGAAGAUAUAAUAGUAGAUUCCCCUGCAGCAAAAUGUCCUCAUUGUAGUUUUGUAGCGAAGAGAUCCUCUGCUCUAGCUUUCCACAUCAAUAUGAACCAUCCAGAUAAGAAAGUGAUAAAGAAAGAAGUUGAUGAAGAAAGUUUGCCAGGAGAUAUCAAUGAUGAACCCAUAGAUGACAAUCUGGCCACUGAUAAAGAUUACCAGUACACUGGACCAAAGUCGAAACACAAGACUGAAGCGAUUCAAACCGAUGAACUGCGAAAUGAAAAAAGGGAAGACUAUCAAGACGGAGACAGUGAUUUAGAGAGUGAUAUUGACUUAAUGGAUCUGGACAUUUCUGGGGAUAUUACUGAUCGUGGUUGUGUGGAAGUGAAUGAUGGGGAGGAAGUUCGAGAGUUUGCAGUGGAAGUAAACGAAGAAGAGAAUAGGUGCGUAUUGGUCUAUGAAUGUCCGUUCUGUGGGCUUAAUUGUUUCCAAAGUACAUAUUCUAGACUGAGGCACGUCCAAACAACACAUACGAAGGAAUAUAAAGAGUUUUCUGAAAGGGAGAAAUCUGAUUUCAAGAAAAAGCACAAAUGUCCUUGUUGUGAGAAAGUGUUCCAGAACAGAAGAUAUGCCAAAGCUCAUUUGCGAUCACAUCCUGAAUUUAAAACAUUGGAAGCUUCACAUUUGAACUCCGUUAGAAACUCAAAAACAGUGCUCAAGUGUUCAAUGUGUAAUGUUAUCCAUAACAGCAUAGACAUUAUAACACAUCACAUAGAAGUACGGCAUCCAUCAAAUGUUUCCCAAAUCAGAAAUGUUUACGAAAUACCUACCCCAAGUAAUCCUCGGGAUAUCAUACUAAUGUACAACUGCCCACGUUGUUCAUUUAGAAGCGUCUGGCGGUCUGGUCUCUACAGACAUAUGAGAAGGAAACAUAAAGACGAAAAAGAUAUAUUUACUGAAACAUUCUAUGUUGACCUGGAGUUGAAUAAAGGAGACUACUGUUGUCCCCACUGUACGGAGAAGUUUGACUCUCCAGAAACAGUUGUCGAACAUUCAAGGGAGCACCAUCCAGAGAAGUGUGUUCUGUCAGCAAAUGUAAUAGAGUCCACAGAGAAUGCCAAACUCAAUGCAGACCAGUUUCAGUGUCCAUACUGCGACAUGACUUCCCAGUACACCACAAGCAUAACCAGGCAUGUGGCCCGUCACCAUCCGAGUAGAAAAAAAAGCUUUCACAAUAGCAAGAUAUUACGCCUUACUGGAGAUGCUGGGCACGUCACUCGGAAAGUGUUUGGAUGCGAAUACUGCUCAUACGAAACUGACUACAGGUCUUGCCUUAACAGGCACGUUGAACGCAAACACCCAAUUGCUUAUGAAGAGUACAAGGUGAGACCUGUGAAACCCAGGGAAACACAGCACCACAGUAAAGUUAUAGUUAGAAAAUUUCCAAAAAAGGUUAUCCCAGCCAGCAAGUUUGUUUGCAUUUAUUGUCAACACAAGCUAGAGAGUGACGAAAGCUUAAAAUAUCAUGUUGCCAGUGAGCAUAAUGGCUUCCCUGUUGUAAGUGUCAAGGUGAAGUAUGUAGGAGUGGGCUUGGACACGCCAGUCUACAGCUGUCCGCAAUGCCAGCUCAUGGAUCUGGACUUGCAAGCUGUAGCCAGCCACAUACAGCAGCAUGACGACAAUGAGGAAAGUGAGAACUCGAAUAAGUCUGUAGAUGGAAAACAAAGUGGUCUACAAGUCUAUGUUUGUAAUACGUGUUCAAAGGCGUACGAAUCUCUUUAUAACUUAGUUUUACAUAGCCAUAAAUCCCAUGGAAAAGAUGCUGAAGUGAUGUUUAAGAUGGUGAAGUUAGGUGGUGACAAUGAAGAGCUUGUGAACAAGUACAACUGCCCCAUCUGCUCUUUCAUCUCUGUAACCAGGGAUUCAUUGGUCUCCCACCUGCAGUCUAAACACGGAAUUGCUGAUGUUGCUGUAUCGGAUGUAGGUGGCAUGGACACAUUGGCAAGUAACCAGAGUGUUCUUCAUAACAAUACUGGCUUUAAAUGCCCUUACUGCAAUGUCUGCAUGCAGAAAGAGUCAAAUAUCUUUGAACACAUCGUUUCCAAACAUCCUGAAAAAUCAGCUGAUGUCAAUAUUAGCAAAAUUAAGGAAAGCCAUGAAAGGACAAAGCUAUUGAUUACUAAAAGAAAAAGGGUUCAUCAAUGUGUUCACUGUAAUAUGAGGUUCAGGACAUCUCUGCCUCUGCGCUGGCACAUGAGGAGAUUUCACCCCAAGGUUGCCAGCAGUGAAAUGGGCCAGGAGGUUGUCAAGUACAUUGACACUCCGAUUAAUGCAAGCCAUACAGACAGACGGGAGCCGAAUAACUGUCCAGUGUGUGGUGCGCGUUACGUGUGGCGGAAAAGACUACAACUUCACAUGAGGAAGUGCCAUGGUAGCUGUUUCCAGGUGUACAAAACCCUUGACAACCUGGCAGACAUUGUGGCUGAUGCCAUAGCUGACGAUGGUAGCCAAGACACAGCAGUUGUUCAUCUGAAGAAACGCAUGAAAAAUGGCCGACCAACGAGAUGUAGACAGUGCAACGUCAUGUUGAACAACUUCACUAUUGCCAGGAUGCAUAUAAAGUUGAGGCACAGAAAUGUUGGAAGGAGCUUCUGUUUUGGAGGCAGCUUGAAAUCCUACAGAUGGCAGUGCGCAGUGUGUAACCUCGCCUUUCCUACGUACCGAUCACGCCUGCUACAUGCCAUACGCAGACACCGAUGUCCGCCACAUAUCUUCAAAUGUAUGUGGUGUUCGAUGAAGUUUGGGAGCAGCAGGAGUCGUAAGAGUCACGAGUUGUUCUGCGCUGGCCCUAUAACUUGUUACCAGUGCCCUUUUGAUCAGUGUGGUUACAUAUCCAAGUUCAGUACAGUGGUCAGGAGCCAUCUACAGAUUUACCACGGGAUACAUAGACGAGCCAUGGUCAACAAACAGGUGCAGUGUGAACUGUGUCUCGCCAUUUUGGGUCCAGAGAAGCUGACAGCCCAUCUACGUGGCCACUGCAUUGUUAAGAGCAAGUUUGAGUGCAACAUUUGUACUCAAACGUUUCCCUCGUUACACCAGCGCCACUCACACGUCACUCAAGUCCACACGGAGAAACUGGAAGUGUGCGAAUAUUGUGGGGAAAUCGUGCCUCGAUCCUCCCUGAAGCGGCAUCUCAUUGACCACAACCAUGUUCCGUUAUCGGCGUGCCCAUAUUGUAACCAGAAAGUUAAACAUGGAAACCUUGGCCAUCAUAUAGCCCUGAAACACCCACAAAUACCGCAGUGCAUUUGCGAGAUUUGCUGCGAGACUGUCUCACAGUUUCAAACGGAGCAGAAGAUUCAUACCUGUAAAUUAUGUUCCAAGACCUUUUGUAAGGCUGUGUAUCUGGUGCACCAUAACAUCUUGAUGCAUGGGAUUAGAAAAAAGACAGUAAAAAAGGAGUAUAAGUGUCAGAUAUGUCAGAAGGUGUUUUACACCAAGAAGGCCAUGUUCAAGCAUGGGCAGCUCCAUACACUGAAUAGGGAUGUUCCAAUCUCCCCAGUCAGACCCAGCCUGCAGAAUGACCCAGACCUAUAUGAGCCUCUGACCACUGAAAGCCAGCAGGAUGACGCUGAUCCUGCCCUGCAUGUUAUUCACAUUGGGCAGGAUACUGUGCAGUACCUGCCAAAAAUGGGCGACUCCAGUCUAAAUGCAGUCAUCAAGGAGCUGAUCGUGUACAAUCAAUCUGGAGACUUGCCUUACAAGUGUGUCCUAUGUAACAGACAGUUUGCCAAGAUGAAGUACAUCAAGUUACACAUUCGGCGAGCUCAUGUAAAAGAUGAGAAUCAGCCAUACAGAUGCAAGGUGUGUGGCUCAGGAUUUGUUAGACUGACAGAGUUUAGGAAGCACACUAGGUCCCACUCAGACUUCAGGCCGUUCAAAUGCAAGUUUUGCAACAAGGCAUUCAAGCAGCAAGCCAAUUUGAAGGAACACUUGUUUGUUCACGACAAUAUAAAGCACUUCCAGUGCUAUCUCUGCUCGAAGUGGUUCCGACAGAGAGGAGCACUCACUUCUCACGUUGUUCUGCAUGACAAGCUUAAACCUUUCAAGUGCACGUUCUGUGGCAAGGGGUUCACAACGAGGGGUGAGCUGGGAAGGCACAUGAAGAGAUAUGAGAGUGAAGAAAGGCGGAACGAGAAGUGCUACUCGUGCUAUCUCUGCAUGAAGGCUUUCCCACACUUUCCCUUACUGAUGAAACACAUUGAUCAGCACAAUCCAGAGAAACCGUUCACAUGUGAAAUUUGUACUGACACAUUUUCAAAUUAUGUGGCUUUGUACUUCCACAAGGUCAAAUAUCAGCAUGUUCUAGAGACUGAGGUAGUGCAAGUACAGCACACAGAAAAUCCUAGUAGGCUCAAGUAUAAGCCAUCUGUUCUGUAUGAGGAUGGCGACGUUGUGUACGUCAACCAGACACUGGAUGGUCAUAUGAUUGAGAAUGAUGGAAGCUCAGGUAUGGAGGUGGUCAUUCACAAUAUUGACAAACAUGGAGGCAUCCAGUUUACCGAGAAACACCCUGAACAAGAUGAAUUAUUGUCAAUCGCCCAGCAGCUUACUGAACUGUCCAAUAUUCCAAAGAAAAAAGGCUCUGCAAAUCCCUCUCGUAAGGAAGAAGAUGAAAUUGUGAAGACAAUGUUGGAUGCUGAUGCAGAUGUAAUGGCAAGUUUGACCAAGACCUCUACAAGUGACUACACCUCUGCUUCCAGUGCCCCGCCUGGUCGAAGGCCGACAGUGCGCGACUUACUGGAGGAUAACUACACAUACUCCUCUUCCCACUCCGUCCCUGAGCCCCAAGAGCCAGAAUAUACGGUUGUGAAUGAUUUUCCUGUCACUGGAGAAUAUCAAAUGGAUAUGACGACCCAAGCCUUGGUAUCUUGUCCUUCGAAUAUGGAGGAGUUGGCUAGCUUGAUUGUCCAACAGUCGGAUACUUCAGACCAGGAUAAUAUGCUUGCUAUCCAAGAUGAAGACGGCUCUAUUAUCUAUGUUUGCUUGCCUCAAGGAACUGGUGUAGAUCAGAAUGUUGAAGAAACCACAGUUCCCUUUGCAGAGAUGGAUACAAACAGCAUGGGCGCUUCGGUUAAUGUGCAAAAUGUUGUUGUCCUUUCAGAAAAUGAAACUAAUGACUAUACUGAACAUUUCGAGGAGACGCAGCCUGAUCCAAACACAAUGGAAAACAUUGUUAUAGAAGCUAGUAACAUUCAAGAAGACUUAGAAACACCUAUUGAUGCUGAAAACCAUGAUCAGAAUAAUUAUGUUAUUGAAGCAGAACAUGUUGAGAGUACCAUAUCUUCAACAUUUGCUGAAAACAUUAAUCCCACAAUAAAUCCCACUCAGACUGAAGCAGAAAGUUCAGAAAAUAUUUCCACAGAGGAAAUUAUCACCACGCAGACAAGUGUUGAAGAAAUCCCACAAGAAAUAAUCACAAGCACAGUUCUAGAAAAUCCUCCUCCAAGCAGGCUACUGCAGGUUUUGGCCUCGGGUGAUGCUGUUAGUAGUUCUCCAUUAGCCACAGCUUUGCUAGCAGGGACAACGCCAGGCAUUGGAGCAGAAGGGGAGCACAGUGGGGAAAUCAUUGAGGGAAGCCAGCUUGUCCCUAUUGAUAAUGAUGAUUCUAACUUCACUCAGGAAGAACUCUUGGAUAUAGAGUAUCAGCAAAACUUGGAAGACAAUGAUGAUGUUAUGGUGAUGCAAGGAAAGUUUAGAUAUACCUUUGACAAAAAUGAGAAGAAAUUCACAUGUUUACAUUGCAAUGCGACAUUGUGCAACUAUAAAAACUUGAAAGGGCACCUGAAGAGACAUAUGCCGAGAGAAACAUUCAUGUUCAAGUGUGACCAAUGUGAAAGCCGCUUUUGCUCAAACAACGAACUAACGCGACAUGUAAGGGUUCAUACCAGAGAGAAAAACUAUGCUUGUCCAAUGUGUGAUAAGAUGUUCAUUCAGAAAGGCCAUCUGGAUACGCACAUGCGAAUGCACCAGGGAAUAAAACCAUACAAAUGUGACCAAUGCGAUGCAAGAUUUAUUACCAGUUCCCAGAGAAAGGUCCAUUGGACCAGGAAGCAUGGAAACUCUGAAAUCCCGUGCGAUCAAUGUGAUUUGACGUUCAAAACGCAGGUGGACAUGUACCAGCACAAAGGCCGGUACCAUGUGCUCGGACAGUUAGAGAAAGGCAAGGAUAAAGCUGGUGAGAAAGAUGGUGGGGUACAUGUCUGUGAGAAAUGUGGAAAGAAGUUUGGGAAUCGGCGAUCACUGUUACACCACUUGUUUGAGCACAGUGUUCAGGAUAAGGUGCACAAAUGUCAGGAAUGUACUCAAGAGUUUAGGUCAAGGGAAUUGCUAAGAGAGCAUGCAAAACAGGAGCACGAGAAUCAUGUUUAUGUUUGUAACCAAUGUGGCGAGGCUUUCCUGAACCGGAAGUUUCUUAACGCUCACAUGAAGGAAAACCAUCCGCAGGAGUAUGAAGCUAGUAGUAGCAAGACUUCAGUGAAGGAGCCGUGUAAGAUUUGUGGUAAACUGUUCGCUAAAGGUGUUUCCAUGAUGUACCACCUGGGCUCACAACAUGCAGACGCAGUGUUAGGGGAGAGCAGUAACAGUAGUAGUAGCACUGAACAGUCCUAAAAGUUGCAUAGUAUUACUUCUAUUCUGCUGAGCUGAUUGACCUCGGCUUUUUGUAUGAAAUCAUGUUGUGUUAUAAUACACGGGUUUAUAUAAGUGUUUGAUCUGUUUCAUGUUCACUGUUAAAUUAUUGUCAUCUCAGUAUGUGCUUAAUUUCGUAUGAAAUUCAUACUUUGAACUACUUUAAGUUAAUACAUAAUCAUUCUUGCCAGUAUUGAUUAUUAUUGUAUUAACUGUUAAAAGCAUAUGUUCAAUAAACGUGUUUCAGCUUUAUAUACAAUGCUUAUACAUGUAUAUAUAUUUAACCAAAUGUGUUUAACUUAUUGUGUUAUACAGUGCAUUGUAGAUAAUAAUGUAAAUAUAUUGACAAUU